GCACGGCCGCCCUACUCGUAUUCGGCGCUCAUCGCCAUGGCCAUCCACAGCGCGCCGGGCCGACGGAGGACCCUCAGCCAGAUCUACCAAUACGUGGCCGAGAAUUUCCCUUUCUACAAGAAGAGCAAGGCGGGCUGGCAGAACUCCAUCCGACACAACCUGUCCCUCAACGACUGCUUCAGGAAGGUCCCGCGGGACGAGGACGACCCGGGUAAAGGCAACUACUGGACGCUGGACCCCAACUGCGAGAAAAUGUUCGAUAACGGCAACUUCAGGAGGAAGAGGAAGAGGCGUCCGGAGGCCGGAGACAGCGGUGGGGCUGCGGGAGGCCCCUGUGUGAGCGCAGCCCCCGGGCACGGCGAGAUGCACUGAGGUGGAGGAGGAAAGAGUGUUUUUGUAAUGUGUAACUGUACAUUUUUGUAGGUCUAUAAAUAGAGAGAUGAGAGAAAGAGUGGGAUGUGUGUGUGCUUAGGGUGAAGUGAAGGCGGGAGGGCUGUGCGAAGCACUCCCUGUUGGGACUCGAAAGCAUCCAAUGCAUGAGGCAUGGUGGAACAUUCAUAGAAUGGUUUGAGUUGGAAGGGACCUCUAAAGGCUGUCUGGUGCCACCCCCUGCA